UACACUCGACCUUCACACAUCAACCACAUCUUCGACUUCCUUUCUUCUCCGCCCAGUUCUCCCCUCAUCCCCACGCGUUCUCACCCAUCCUUUCCGACCCCCUCCCACCCCUCUUCCUCGUCAGCCAGGCGACCCUCGAAGACGACACCGCCAUGCCGAAGAACAAGCGCAAGACGUUGCCCGAUGUCGAGGAGCUGAUGGCCCGGCCCAUCUGCUACUACUGCGAAAAGGACUUUGAAGACCUCUCAUACCUCAUCGAUCACCAGCGGGCGAAGCACUACAAGUGCGAUCGAUGUAACCGCCGCCUCAACACCGCCGGUGGCCUGGGCGUGCACAUGUCGCAAGUGCACAAGGAGAAGUUGGAACUCGUUGCAAACGCCUUGCCCGGCCGCGAGAAGCCUGAUGUCGAGAUCUUCGGCAUGGAGGGCUUUCCCGCCGACCUCCUCGCCCAACACAAGUCGCGUGUCAUGCAGGAGUUCUUCAAGCGUGAGUCCGAGCAUCGCGCCAAGACCGGCAACAACCCCGCCGGCAGCAAGGGCGAUGGAGAGGGCAUAGGCAAGAAGAUCGAGGACUCGAAGAAAGCCAUUGCAGAGUUCAAGGCCAGAAAGGCCGCGGCCAAAGCUGCAGCUGCCGCCAACGGCUCCGCCAGUGGAGGUAGUACUCCUGCUCAGGCCGCGAAUUCUCCAGCCCCAGCUCAGCACUUCAGCCCCGCUCAGGCUCAUUCCUCUCCACCCACCGCAGCUACCGAAGCUGGCGCUCAGUACGCACCAUCCUACCCAGGCGUGAAUGCUCAAUACCCUGCAAUGCAGAACACACCCGCCUUCAAUCCUUACCCCCACACCGUGCCUUACGCAGGAGGCCCUGCGAUGGCCUCUGGCACAUCUCCACCCGCUCCCAUCUCCUCUAUACCUCGCCCAAGCAGCCUUCCAUCUGCGCCCGGCCUUCCAACUGCACCCGGCCUCCCUCAACGCCCGGCGUUUGAUUCCCCAAGUUUCAGCAAAGGAGACAUGGCGAGAAUGCACAGUGGGCAAGCCCCGCCUCCCGGUACGUCAGGCUCUUACCAUAGUGGAGGCUCGCCGCCCGCCGCCGCGUCGUACGCACCACCCUACGGUGCCGCGAACCCAGCUUACGGAAUGAACAAUCCUCCCUACGGCGCGCCGGCUCCACACUGGGCCAUGCAGCAGUCCCCGACCGGCAUGCCCUCCGGACCUGCAUUCUCGCCGAGUCACGGUGGACCCGGGCCGUACGCACAACCCCACGACAUCAAAGAUCAAGUUGACUCGAUGAUCGAGUCCAUCAUCAGUGGCAAUGCUGCGCGCACCCCAGCUGCCCCCUCACAACCGCAGGCAGUGCCGCAACAGCCUCCCUCCAACCCUCCUGCCACCGAGACAUCCACGCCCGCAGCAGAGCCUUCGGAAGCAGCAAACUCGAACAAGAAGAACGCGAAAAAGGAGAACAACACGCUGCUCAAAUACAGCGACGAGCAAUUCUCACCGGAAGAGAAGCGAGCAAAGAAGUCAUGGGAGCCCUCGCAGGAAUGGAAGGACAUGAUGAGCAACCUUGACUCCACGACUUCCGCCGCUCUGAGCAAGAACUCACUAACCAUGGUCGAUCAGGCAGGCGAGGAGUCUUCCGCCGCAGUCACCGGGCCAGUGGACGAUGCGAUGCAGAAUGGUGACAUUCCUAUGGACUAGGAGGCACAAGGGAUGCAUGAUUCCGACAUCACUACCUCCAUUGCUACCAGCGACAGCGACGAUUGGGAUAUCAACGACGGCUUCCGCGACGCCCCGGUCUUGGUCGAAGGAGGGCAUCAACGUGCAGGUAAGACUCCCCGCUCUCGAACACCUGAUGGAGCAGCGGAGCCCGAGCGGCAGCAUGAGCGCAACUCGUCGACGUCUCCGGAGCAAGCCCUUGCAAACUCUAUUCGCGAGCGCGACGCUGCCCUCAAGGACUUGCAAGGCGAGCAACAACGGCUUUCGCACGGAGAUUCUGUCGGAGGCGGUGCUAUCAGCACAUUCAUGGAGGGCAUCAUCAAAAAGGCAGCCUGGCACAAGUGAGU